AUGUGCUUCCAAAUUGGCCCAGAGAAAGGGAUGCAGCAAGGAGGACAGCCACCUUUAGCUGUUUUAGGACAGCCACCUUUAUCUGAGUACUCAUGGUUUCCUGAGGAAAUCAAGAAUAUUUUAAACCUCAAACAGCUAAAACUUGGACUAAACAAUCUGAAUGGUACUAUACCAGAUGAGAUUGGUCAUUUGUCACACCUUGAGGUGCUUGAGUUGCAUCAAAAUGACUUCCAAGGCCCAAUACCAUCAUCAAUUGGAAACCUCACUGUGCUCCAGACAUUGAACGUGAAGAUGCCAGGCCUAAACUCCAGCAUCCUAGCUGGUAUAAGCUUCUGCACCAACCUUAAAUUUGUUGACAUGUCAGUAAAUAGCUUGACAGGUUCCUUGCCUCUUUCUAUGGCUUCAUUAACAAGGAUCAGAGAGUUUGGACUCUCUUCUAACCAGUUAUCUGGAGAGAUUUAUCCAUCUCUUCUAUCAAGUUGGCCUGAACUCUUCUCUUUGCAACUCCAGUUCAAUGACAUGUGA